AUGCCAGCCAAUCUGAGGCCCAACACCAACGGCAAUACGCCCGAGGAUUGGCGCAUCUUCGAGCUCCUCUGUACCGCCGGAAUCAAGGAUAGAAAGCCCUCGGCGGUGCCGUCGCCAUCGCCUUUGCCAACCUGUUACGAGAACUCUGUAGUUGUAGUUGUUGUUGCUGUUGUUUCGGGCAAAAUGCCAAGUGAUAAUCACUCAUCGCAUUUGCAUCAUCACCACCACACGCUGGGUGGCGGAUUGUCGCCCCAUCGCCAUCAUUUGCUGGACACAUCGUGCGGCAAUGCAGGCAUUUCCAUAACCGAGCACCACUCCAGCAUAGACAUGACGACCACACUGCGCAGCGAGCUGGCGGCGUUAUCCUACAAGAAGGACCGUCUGGCCAGCGAGUUAGCCGAGACACGCUCUGUUUUGUGUGCCAGGGAAGCGGACUGCGAGACUCUGCGAGCGCAAGCAGCUCGUCAGACGGCGCUGAUAGGUUCGCUCCAGAGUCGCUUGCAGGCGGCCGAGAACCGCGAGCAGUCCAUGCAGGCCCAUUGCGACUCCACAGUCCACACAAUGCAGCGCGAGAAGCGGCACUCGGAUGAGCGCAAUAAGGAACUGAUUUGUAAGCUGCAACAUCUAGAGACGCAGGCGGCCAGCGAGGAGUCGCAGAAGGAGCAGGCCAAAGCACAGCUGCAGGACCUGCUGCGCCGUCUAAGUGUGUGUCUGGGCAUGGAUGUGUGCGAGAACGCACACCUAACCCCCGAAUGUGUGCUAUCUCGGGCCGAGGAGGUCGUGCUGGAGCUGCAGCGUGCCAAGGCGAAGGUAAGCUCCACCUGCGACACCCUAAGCAGCUGUGAGAACGAGCUGCUGAAUCUCAAGUCGCUGGCGAACAUCGAGAAGCAGCGUCUGACGGCGCAGCUAGAUGGUGCGGGCAAUCAUAAUCAUGAGCUGGAGGGGCGCUGUCGGCAGUACGAACGCGAUUUGCAAAUACAACGCGAUCGCCUGACGGAGUCCGAGAUAAAUGGCGAGAAACUGAAGGAGGAGUUGCGCGGAUUCGAGUCGCGUUGUCAUCGCCUGCAAAACAAUUUGGAUCGCAUACAGAGCGAUCGACUGCAGUUUUUGCGCGUACUGAGCAAUCAGCUGAAUGUGCCCGAGCCCUGCGAAACACUGAUCAAGGAUAAGCUGAGGGAGACGCUGGUGGAGAAUCAAAGCAUGCAUACGCAACUGCAUUCGUUACGCGAUCAGCUAAGCAAUGAGCACGAGAAACUGAAGGAGACUCAGGAGUCCACCGAGUGUCGUCUGCGCACUUGCGAGUCGCAGAAAUGCGAGCUGGGCGAGCGUCUGGAGAAGUGUCACGCCGAAAUUCAUGCGCUGCGCAAGGACCAUCUGGGCCUCUCCGAGUUCCUGCAGCGCCUGGCCAGCGCCAUGAAUUGGAGCGAGUGUACGGCGCCACCAGCGCUUGGUGCAGACACUCAUCUCAUGGCUGACAAUUUGCUGGAGCGGGCUGAGCGUUUGACUGCCCAUUGCGAGCACGAACUAGCCCAUCAGCAUCAUCAUCACACCCCGGAGAAGGGUGCCUGCUGCUCCGACCAUCACCAACACCAUCAUGGCAAGCUGCGACGCGAGCGCUCCUGCCACGACAUUCCGCUCAAGGACAGCAGCAGCGUCUACAACCUGCAGCGACGGGUGCGGGUGCUGCGCGAACAGGUGCAGCGGAGGGACCUGCACCUGGAACUGCUGCGUCGCAAGUUGGCCAUCAUUGAGGAUGGGGCGCGGGGCAAGUGUAUGUUGCAGGGCGAGCGCGAUGAUGCCGUUUGUCGGGCGAAGAAAGCGGCCAAGCAGGUGGAUAAGCUGACCGCCCAACUGGCCGAUGCGCGCUCCCAAAUCGCUGAGGUUAAGGCUCAGCUAGCCGAGGCUGUGGAGUAUAAGAUCACCUCGUUGGAGCGUGCACGUAAAAUCGAUGAGCUGACCACACAAAUUUGCGAUCUGGAGGACGAGAAGACACGCCUGCUGGCUCAACUGAGUGCCCUGAAGGAGCGCAUGAAGUCCUCCUGCGAGUCCAAUCAGAACCGGCGCUGUCGUGACGAGUCCCUCAUCAACUCGCUGCGUGAGGACGUUAGCCGCCUCAGUGCUCAACUAUCGGAUGCCAAUCAGCGCCUCUCCCAUCUGCAAUCCUUCCGCACUUCGGUGGCACGCACCCUGCAUUUGCGAGACUUGCCCGAAACGGAUCUGCUGCAUCGUCUGCAAGCUCUGUGCUCGGCCCAUCAGGAGUUCACGAUGCUGUCCAAGCGCUACGAAGCUGCCUCGCCGGUGGGCGACCAUCCUUGUCCGCGCUUCGACGACGUCACACCCCCCUCCACCCACUGUCGACAACCUCGCGAUCUCAGCUCGCCACCGCCCUUCCAUCACAAGACCUCGGCCAGUGUCGAACACCACCACAGUUCGAGUAGCCACCACCACAACCACAACCACAGUCACAGCCAUGGCCAUAGCCACGCCCACACGCGUCAUCAGCAGCGCCAGCGUAGCAAGAGCCGCGACAAACGCCUGCACGACGAAUGCUUCGACACGGAUGUCCAUCGCCUGCAUCAUGGCUGCAAGGACGACGGCCUGCUGGCCAACAACUCUGGCGGCAGCUGUGACGACGACUACGACUUCAAGUCCAAAUAUUGCUAA